AACAAUCAAAUAAACAACUUCCUUCAUACUUCGACUUCAAAUUUAUCAAUUCGUUUAAUUUAAAUGUUUCGAAAUAUUUAAUUAGUUAAAGUAACAUUAAGGUAAACAAGUGAAACUCAUCGCAAUAAUAAAAUUAGGUAGUUCGAUCGAGAAGAUGGUGGAAAUAUCGUUUAGAUGAGGAAAGGGAACUAAUUUUAUUGUUUUAAUAAAUGAUGUCGUGAAAUUAUAAGUGGCGUCAAUUAGCGAUUUGUCAAAGUCAAUGUAAAACCUGAGUAAUGUUUAUGGUGCAACAGCUCAGAGCUAAUAUAGGUUGCAAACUCUGAACUGAACGUAGAAGUUCGAGCAGGAAUAUAUUCAAAAUAUUUGUCCCUAUUUAACUAAAGGUUUAAUUUGUCGCUGCAAACUAAUGUGAGAUUGUAACAUUCGAUUCCUCUCGAUCACCAAUCCAAAAGAAUUCAUAAUGGCUCAUCGUCAGAAAUUGAAACCCAUUCAUCUUUGUACUUGUAUGGGCGACCUGAAUAAAAUGGUGGACACUCCGACAAGUCAAAAAAAUAAUAUUCAAGCCAAGGGUCUUCUGCAAAGCGCACAAACAUUGUCUACCCAAGCUAAGAAAUCACUGGACUUGGGAGAUGAAGAACAAGCCUACAUUUACUACAUGCGCACCGCCACAUUGAUUAUGGGCAUCAAGAAGGCGAAAGGAUACUCGGAUGAUACCAAAUAUUACGACAGUCUUACAGACGCUUGCCUUCGCGAAUCCGUGAUAAAAAGUGAAGCCCUUAACUGUAGUCUUACUGAGCGAUAUAAACUCCUUAAUUUGGCUAGUAAAGAUGAUGCCAAGUUAAAAGCGAAAGAAAUUAAGGAUGCAACUGCACAGGAGGAGCUGAAAAAGAAGAAUUUAGCAAAACCUCACGUUAACGGCGUGAUUAAAUUAGAAGUGAAAGAAGAACAAGAGCAAAACAUUUCAGUGACCCAGUUAAAGAAUUUGAUUGAACAGAAGGCCACCCACAUUUUAGUAAUUGACUGUCGUGGAAAGCAUGACUUCAUGACAAGCCAUGUCACUCAUCCUAAUUGCAUAAGUAUCCCGCAAGAAGUGUUGGAACCAGGAAUGUCGGCCAACAAAAUAGAAUCAAAAUUGAAAGAAAAAUAUCCUGAAUCCUAUCACCAUUGGAAUAAAAGAGGCAUGUUCGACAAAGUAAUUUUAUAUGAUUGGAAUACAAGUUGGUCAGAAAAUGUGCAGGAAAAGGAUAAUAGUCUUGCCACCUUAUACACAGCAAUGACGAAGUGGGAUCACGAAACGAUAUAUAAAUCUCCACCUGCAAUAUUACGAGGAGGAUGCAAAAGCAUGUACUACUCUUACCCGACGCUGAUGACCCAUCCACAAAAUAUGGUCUCUGAUAUCGGCCUGUACGAGGAAAAUGGAGAUGGAGCUGUAAAUGGAAACUUGUCAAAAAAAGAGAUUAAAUCACUUGACUCGAUUUCAUACCCGGCUUUUCCGGAUGAUGAUGAAACUACAUCAAAUAACAAGCCUUUGAAUAAUAUAGACACGUCCAGACCAGCUUCGACACCCAGUCAAAAACUAAAUAAUUUAUCCGGUCCUACGUUUAAUAAUAAAUAUUCGGGAAACAAUAACAGCAUUCCAGUCCCGCCCACUUCGGCAACAAUUGAUCGCUCCACGAAGCCAAAGUCUGCAUCCGCAACCACCACUAAUGUUCCAAACAACAAUAUUUAUGUUCCUACUCAGCAUAGAAAUGGUCCAAAUAACGGUACAAUGUCAUCCUCCAUAGCGGAACCUAGAGAGAAUGGGAUCAGUUCUCGAAGUGCAAACGGAGAUGCGACCGAUGUUCAAGUGGCUGCAUUAAAUGCGGCUUUAGACAAUGUAAUAAUUAGCUCGAAAGAUUUAAAAGUGAAGGAACAAGAGCUGGAGGAAAUUAUGAAUAAUUCCACAAGAGAAUACAAUGACAACAGUUUGAGGGAAAAGUUGAAACUGAAAGAGGACGAGAUUGAACGGCUGCAAAAAGUUGUAAAAAGUCAGGAUGCAAAUUUGAACAACGUAAAAGCCGAGUAUGACGCCCUCCUUGCCCUUCGGAGUAAACCAUCACUCCCACAAAUUCGCCCAACUUUGACAGACUCUACAAUUGAUUCUAAAUUCAAGGAAAAAGCAGAACUGGAGGAUUAUGUUCGUCAAAUCCGUGCAAAAAGAAAAGAAGUGGAAGAUGCUCGUGCUAAUGCAACAAUCGAUAAUACUAAAUUACCACCCAUUCCUGGAUCAGGUUCUAACUCACCACGACCACUGUCUCGGUCUAGGGUAGGAAAAUCUGAAUCAACCACGACAUUCCCAAAUUUAAACAAAGCAACAAUUUCGAAUGGCCAUGGAGGUAGUUCGGAUGUGAAGGGGACACAAUCUGCUAAUACUCUGUUAAGACCAAUGUCACAAGAUGCAACUCCAAUUUCAUUUCAAAAACUUAGAGAUGAACCAACGUCCGAGAGUCCGAGAUCGUUACUGAAAAGAUCGCAUUCCCAUCCAAAUAUUGCUCAGUCUUUGAGUGAGGAAGAUCAAGCCUUUAGUCAAGAUGGAGGCAGUGCUACACUUCACCCACAAUUUAACCGGAACUUGAAACCGUCAGCGAAUAGCAGACCGUCAGAUUUAAUAGUCCAGCCCAGUAGAGCGAGACAGUUUCAUGCAGUCAAUAGUACCGAAAAACACCGCACCGGACUAAAAAAUCUUGGAAAUACUUGUUAUAUGAAUUCAAUUGUCCAAUGUCUCGUCCAUUUGCCAGGAGUAGUGUCAUAUUUUAUGGGUGAAACGUGGAAACACCACCUUGGACUCCAUCGACCUCAAAAACAGAAACAGUUGUCCAAUGGAGAAGUCAGUAUCGAAUUUCAUGCUGUUGUGCAAGAGAUGAAUUACGGGCAUCGUUCAAUAGCUAUUAUGGACUUUAAAAAUAACGUAGGACGUCAUGCCCCCACUUUUAGAGGCUAUGACCAACAAGAUUCGCAUGAAUUUUUGACCAUGUUAUUGGAUUGGUUGCACGAAGAAUUGAAUAUGGUUCCCAAAAUGAAAUUGAAUGAGCAAAAAAACGAAGGAUUAAGUGAUAAAGAGGCAGCGAAUAAGGCCUGGCACGAUUACACAGACUCCAAUUGUUCAAGAAUUGUCGACUUAUUCUGUGGUCAGCAGAAAUCAGCCCUUCGAUGUCUCUCUUGUGGGAAAGAAUCCGUCACUUUUGAGUCAUUUUUUAAUUUAACGGUGCCUAUUCCAAGUAUAAAUAAUCGAAAAGUGGACAUUUACCAAUGCAUUGACUUGUAUACCACCGAAGAAGUUGUGUCAGGAUGGAACUGCCCCCAUUGCAAAUCAACUGUGAAAGCUACAAAGAAGAUCGACCUUUGGAGAAUGCCACCAUAUUUGAUAAUUCACCUACAAAGAUUUUAUAAUGAUGGUUGGUGGAAAAAGCGUUUGACAGAAGUCGAUUUUCCCGUGGAUAAUCUUGACCUAACUUCUCGAGUUAAGGGUUCCCCGCUUACGCCGGAGGGUCGCACUCCUCGGUCUAAUUUCAUGUUGCAGGCAGUAUCAAACCAUUACGGAAGUAUGGAUGGUGGACAUUAUACAGCAUACUGUAGAAAAAACAGCCAAUGGGCGAGAUUUGAUGAUCAAGAAGUUUCUCAACUCAAUUCAAGAGAUGUGACCACACCUGCGGCGUAUAUUUUAUUCUAUUGUAACAACAGCCCGUAGGAAUGACGCCGAUUAAGAAAUCGAUCCAGGCCAGCAGAGUAAUAUAUGAAGUUAGACAGAAUAAUUAGAUAUUUUUUGACGUAGAAACAGAAUAUUCUUCGCGUUCAGACUUUUGAAAUAAUCCACUUCAAUGUAUACAUACGAUAUAACGCUUCAUUGCUCGUACUGUUUUUAAUCUUUGUCGGGAAAGUAGUGACGACGGAUGGAAAACGAUUUAUAGGACUUUCUACAUGAUGAAAAUAGAUACCCCAUGAAAACGAUACAUUCCCUCUUCAUACAGAGUAGAACACGAGAAGGACUUGAACGAGGAAAAUGAAAAGACUUCAGACUCAAUUAUAUAUAUUACCCUUAAUUAUCAUCUUUGAUUAACACCUGAUGACGUAAUAAUAAGUAUGUACAUUUAUGCAAUUUACGAUUUUAGACUUUUUAAUCAAGUGACUUCGACUUUUUGACGAUAUACGUUCCAAUUUUAUUAACCUCGUCUCACUUGCUAUUUAAAUAUAAUCUCUAAUCCGCCUAUUUGAUAAGUUCGAAUCCUUGAAAUGUGUCCAAAGCUAAACAAAAACAGAACAGUGUUACCUGAUUCAUCCUGAAAACCUACUCUAAUUUCAGAUUAAGCCACGAUUUUUAAAUAUUUAUUUUGCAAUAUAUGUAGAAGAAUACUAGUUGUGAUUUUUUAAUAACCUUGGUGUGAGUUGACCUAGUUGUGUUGGAAGAAAUAUGGACCUGUACAGUACUAUUUUACAGCACUAAUCAAAUUGGAUAUUGUAAUUUAACCUGGCCAUAAUUUAUGUUAAAUUUAAAAUUUAGACAAGUACGAUCCGAUAAAUUUAUGCAUAAUAUGUAUGAAUAGAACGCCAUGAAACUUGUGAGACUGAAUCCCAAGAAGAAUCCGGUUCGAAACUUUAAUUAACAAUAGUUCAUGAAGUAGCUUUAUUCUACAAGUUAUCUGAACUUAUGUUAUCAUCAUUAGUAAUUGUACCUCCGUAGGUAUUUCAAAUGUUCUUGUUCUUUUUCAAUAGUUUGGCAUACAUAGUAGCUCUGAUCAGGAAGAUAACUGCUAGAUUAUCCAUUUGAUUGAAUUUAACUGUUUAAUUAACUAGGUAAUUUUAAAAAAACAAUUAGCUUAAAUAUUACGUAGUAGGUGGAUCUUCUCUACUUUUACUUUUAGUUACGCAAGGUACCUUAUCAGUUAUUUGGCUACUGUAUUGGAUGUAAGCAUCGGUCAACUUACAGAGUCCAAUCCAGUCAAGGAAUUCAUUUGAAAUUUAAGUUUUGUGAUUUUGUAUGUCUUGAUAAUUAUUACUAUUUAUGCAAUUUUACGUAUAUUCACGCAUAGUCUUACACAUUUACUCUAAUUAUGGUAGAGGUCAUCGCGUCGUGUGUUAAACUAACUAUGCAUUUACUCAUAAGAAUUACAAGUCGUGUCCACCUGUCAAAAUAAACAUAGAAAAUAAAAGAUGACUACUUUAUGAAAAUAA